AUGCCACCAACAAAUGAUGAAGUGAGCUACCUGAAACAGCUGGUAGCUGGUCUCGAACAGCGGAUAUCACAGCUUGAAGGCGGCCAGGCCCUGUCGCCUGCCGAACAACUACGAAUGAUCCUCAUGGGUCCUCCAGGUGCCGGAAAGGGAACCCAGGCACCGAGGAUCAAAGACAAAUACUGCAUCUGCCACUUGGCAACCGGUGAUAUGCUGCGCUCGCAGGUCGCAAAAAAGACACCGCUGGGGAAGGAAGCAAAAAAGAUCAUGGACGCCGGUGGUCUCGUCAGCGACGAGAUCAUGGUUAAUAUGAUCAAGAACGAACUCGAGCACAACGAGGAAUGCAAGUCAGGGUGA